AUGAGCUCGACGAGAUGUUGCACGUUUUUUUAUAAUGUAACGGGAGAAGAAGCGGAAAGGUUACUCAACAAGUAUGGCAAAGACGGGGAGUUCCUUGCUCGUCCAAGUGAAUCGCAGCCAAGUAGUUAUACCUUGUCUAUCAAGAGAGGAACGGGAGUAACUCAUGUGAAAGUUUCUUAUGAUCGUGGGCGUUUCUUAGGAAUGCCUGGUGGUGAUACAUUCGAUUCAUUGCCUGCUCUAGUUCAACACUAUGUAGAGAACUCUGAGCAGCUUCAGGAAACGAACGGGUCUAUAAUAGUUCUCAAAAGACCUGUUACUAUCCCCAUCAGUGAGCCUGCAGCUCAUGAAGCUCGUGCUCCUACAGCAGAAAGCUGGCUUCAUGUUAACUUAACUGGACCUGAAGCUGAACAUCUUCUAGCGAAAGAAAAGGAUUGGACAUUCCUCGUUAGGUAUAGUCAACGUGCUCCGGGGUCCUAUGUGAUAACUGUCAAAACUAAAAGCUCAACUAAGCACAUACUUAUUGAAAAAGAUGCUCAGACCGGAAUGUACCAUGUAGGUGGAGGAGAUGAAUUUCCUUCAGUUAGGGAAUUACUUGCUCAUUACAACUUUAGCGCUAUGGUAGAACAAAAAACACUUAAUGUUGUUCAUCUGAUCACUCUAAUACCCUCCACUUGCGUACCUGCUGAUGCUAUCAGUGAGAGAAUUCGUCUGUUGUAUGAAUAUGAUCCUCACGCUAAGAGGAAUGGAUUUGCAGAAGAGUUUGAUAGGAUUCAAAAAGAUGACGACCAGCUUCUCUCAUGCAGAAUAGGGAAGAAGGAGGAGUACACUACUAAGAAUCGCUAUAAGAAUAUUAUUCCAUUUGAUCAAACCAGAGUUGUUUUGGAAGUUGAAGCGAUUCCCAAGGAACCAACCGAUUCUGACUACAUCAAUGCUAGCUACAUCAGGUUUCCCAAAAAUGGAAGACUUCGUCUAGAUAAUGUUCGUGAAUAUAUAUCUGCCCAGGGAUGCCUUGAUAACACCGUUGUUGAUUUCUGGAGAAUGAUCUGGCAGGAGAAUAGCCGAGUCAUCGUGAUGACUACCAGGGAAAAUGAGCUGGGAAAGAGCAAAUGUUAUCGUUACUGGCCUGAUCUAGGAGAAGAGCGAUGUUACCGUGGAUUUUAUUGCAAAACAAUUGAAGAACUUUCAUAUAAGACUCGUGAGAAGAACGAAGAGUCGUUUGUUAAGCGUGUGUUCCGUUUCCAUAAAGAAGGUUCUGCGCCUCGUAUUGUGCAUCAUCUUCAGUAUGUUGGUUGGCCGGAUCAUGACAAGCCAGAAUCUCCUGAGCCCGUUCUAGAAUUCUUGGCUGAGGUUGAUAGAGUUCACAAUUCCAUCAUGGAACCACAAGGACCCAUCUUGGUCCAUUGCAGUGCUGGAAUUGGAAGAAGUGGAACGUUCAUCAUGAUUGAUGUACUAUCGAAUCAGAUCAGAAAACUAGGAUUAACGUGCCCCAUUGAUAUUCCUGCGACCCUCACAAUUUUGAGGAGACAGCGAAAGAGUAUGAUUCAAACGGUAGAGCAAUACACUUUCGUCUACAAAGCUGUUGACCUAUACGUCUCGAAAAUUUUAAAGUAUCAACUGGGAGAAAGUUAUGAUGAGAAAGAAGAAGAAGUUGUUCCACCACCACCACCAGUUCCAAGAAGGCAAAAGGCUUAUGUUAGUGCUAGUCACGACGCCUGA